AUGAUAAAUAAUCAAUCUGAUCUUUUAAUGAAUUUCUUUCAACAAACUCACAUGGGAAAAAUGAGUUUAAUUACAUUAAUGCAAAAUUUACCAGAUAAGAUAUUACCAACUAUCCCAGAAAUAAUCUAUGAUAAAAAUGGUCGAUAUUUAAAAUUAAAAGAAGAUAAUAGUAUUAAAAAAAAUUUUAUAAAGAAAUCAAUUAAACAAAUUAAACGAGAUAAUGAAUCAAUCAAUGAUAUUAUUCAACAACGAACUAUUUCAGUUUCAUCAGUAUCUCCAAUUGAAAAACAAAUAUCAAAAUUAUCAAUUGAACAACAAUAUAAUUGUAUUGCUAAUGAAUUUAAACUUUCAUCAUAUGAUAUUGAAAAACAGUAUAAAUUAGCAUUAAAAAAUCGUAUUGAAAUUCCACCAGUAUUAAUGCAUCGUAUUAUAAUUGAUACAAUUAAAAUUCUUUAUAUAAUGAUUGAUGAUUUAAAUCAAGAUAUUGUAAAAAAUAAUGAAAAAUUUCAACGAAUUUCAAAACGACUUAAUGAACUUCAAAUAUAUAAUAAAUUAUUUGAUCAUCAUUGUUAG